AGAAAGAUGACAACAAAGCCAUUUUAUGCCGACUGUCAACAAUUUUUAUUAAAGGUUAUGUGUAAACAAACUUAACCUUUUGCGAAAAGUGCUUGUGUUGCUUCGUUUAUUUCCAAUUAAUUAUUUUUAAUAGCCACUAAAUAAAAUGUCGACCGGUAUGUUAUACGGGGGUGAUGAAAUUGGAGCGUUGGUUUUUGAUCCCGGUCAUCAUUCGCUUCGGGUGGGUUACGCUCAAGAAGAUACACCAAAAGCAGAAAUUCCAGCCGUAGUUGGCGUAGCUCCAGACGAGUCUUUUAAAGUGGAGCCAGAAGUAAAGACGGAGGAUGGUAAUGUGUCUUCAAAACCAUCACAGAACAAGUACUAUAUUGAUACAACAUUCUUGCAUGUGCCUAGAGCUAAUAUGGAAUUGCACAGUUACAUGAAAGACGGAAUGAUUGAAAAUUGGGAUAUGUUUGAAAAGAUCCUAGAUUAUUCUUAUGAAAAGAUUAUUCAAUCAGAGUCCCAGUAUCAUCCGGUCCUCUUUUCUGAAUCUCCAUGGAAUCAGAGACAGAAACGUGAAAAGCUCACCGAAAUUAUGUUUGAAAAGUAUAAAGUACCUGCGUUUUUCCUUGUAAAAAAUGCCGCAUUGGCAGCUUUUGCAAAUGGAAGAGCUACUGCCUUGGUGAUAGAUAGUGGAGCUACUCAUACCUCAGCUGUACCUGUAUUAGAUGGAUACGUAAUUUCAAAUGCUGUAGUUAAGUCACCUUUGGGUGGCGAUUACUUAAUUUUGAGGGCAAGAGAAAUGUUGGAUUCAUUAAAAAUUGACUUGACACCAGCUGCUCUAAUAUCUGCAAAGGAUGUCGUUAGAGAAAAAGAUAUCCCUAGAUGCACCAGAAAGAAAUUAAACUUUCAGCCUUCGAACUCUUGGAUGACUUAUAUGAUGAAAAGAACUGUACAGGACUUUCAGCAGACUGUAUUGCAAGUGGCUGAGAGCCCUUAUGACGAGAGAUUCGUAUCAAAUAUUCCAUCGGUUCAUUAUGAAUUUCCUAGUGGAUAUCAUCAAGAUUUCGGCAAUGAGAGGUUUAAGCUUGCUGAAGGUUUAUUUGAUCAUGCAAUGCUGGGCGCUGGACAUAUAGCGGCAACAAGCGCCGGUAUGUGUGAUGUUGAUAUUCGCCCUGCUCUGUAUAGUUCUGUAGUGUUGACUGGAGGCAACUCCUUAGUUCAGGGAUUUAGCGAUCGGCUUAGUCGAGAUCUUCAAUCUAGAACUCCCGGUUCUAUGAAGCUGAAAAUGAUAGCGGCUAAUGGAACAGUGGAAAGACGAUUCGGUGCUUGGGUCGGCGGAUCGAUUUUAGCAUCCAUUGGAACAUUCCAGCAGAUGUGGAUGUCUAUGCAAGAGUACCAAGAAUCUGGAAAGUCUCAAAUCGAUAGGAAAUGCCCUUAACUGAAAAUUUACCAUUUUUACAUUUUGCUUUUUUAAUAAAAUGGAUAACUAGUGCAUAUUUUUGUAAUAUGUAUUAAUUAUUUUCAGUGAAUAUAAGUAUUUUUAGACAAAGUGAAUCAAUUUAUAUUAGUUUAUACACAAUUUGUAAUAAAUAAAAGUCUUGCUAUUUUCCGUA